CACACAGCCAUGCACACGCUUCUCAGCAGGACUUUAUUAUAAUAUUAUGUGCUCUUACCUACAGGAAACCUACAUACUGAUUAAUACAUCAGGCAAAUAUACAGACACAGGAACCCGACUAGCUUUAUAAGAUUUAUAAAACAUAUAUAUACUUAUAUCUGAAAAACAUAACAGGGAUACAUACGACGGAUGAGUAUAAGCUAUUUGGACUGAAAUAUGGAGCAGCUCUUAUAUAUUUUGAUUAUUCGGAUAGUAUCUUCAUCCAUCAUCUCAGCAGGAAAUGACCCAAGCAUCACAACUACAUCACUACCAAACACAGCCACAUUGUCCCCACGACUCACUUAUUUAAGUGCAGCCCAAUCGUCUUCAGAAAAAUCACUGACUACAUCUUUCAAUACCCUUGUUAUGACCAACAACACAUUUCCAACUGUGAGCACAACCACCAUGGCUCUUUUAUCUUCCAGCCAAACAGCAGGUACGACUGCUGUGCCUGGUGAAAACAGUCACUCUACUUCAAACAGGACAUCAGGACAUACUACUAUUACUACUAUCACCAGCUUACCAAUAACAAGUUCAAAAUCCUACACCAACCCAACUCAACAUGCUGUCUCAACUUUAGUGGCCAGAUUAACAGUGGAUGUUUCUGGAAAUUUAACCCAUGCAGUUCAUUCAAACCUCACUGCCUCUGAGGUCACACCUGCACCUGCACAGGACAUGGGCAACAGCCUCACUAUGCUUGCUUUUGGUGUAAUGAGUCUCAUACUCAUUUUAAUUGUUGUCAUGGUGAUUCUGGUGACUACCAUCAAUCUCAGGGGACGAUGUAAAAAUACAAAACAACAGGAGGGUAUUAAAAACUACGACUCUAUGGUUACUGACAGCAAUAUGACAAAUAACUGUGAUAAAGAGAGCAUCACUCUUGUUUCUGUGAGGACAAUAAACACAGACUAUGACACAGAUUCUCCUCAAGUCUCUUCAGUUCACAGUACUAUAGUGGACAAUGAGGAGCAGGAACUUAACAGAGACCUGCUGAACAUCAGAGGCGAAUUUUAAUUUCACUCAGAUCACAGAGCAAAGAGAAUUGCAGUUCCUACUCAUUUUAUAUAUUUAUAAUGCUGAAUGUAUGUGAAUAAAUGUGCCUACAGUGGAGGUCAGAGAGUUAAUGUGAUAUCAAAUUUGACAAAUGCUCCAUUGUUUAAUAAAGUUUCAUGAAUUUCUUUUUCAAAUACAACUGUAGAUUUGUUUCUAAUAUUAAGUGUUUAUAGAAGAAUAAUAUUGGGAAAGUUCUUAAAAACUCAAUUUUUCUGUACAUGUAGCCUGUAUGGUCAUAAUCAGUGACAGUUAAUAAAAAUUUGGCACUUUAUAAUUUACACAGGUUAAUGCAUAAACACAGCAGUAUCACUAACAAGC